CAAAUAAAAUUACUUUCUAAUUAACAUAGAUGAAAAUAUACUAAAACACAUUCAUAUAGUUGAGAAAUUUUACACCUACAGUUUUAUACCUUCAUCUCUUUUCAUAGUCUAAUAAAAGAUUAAAAAAAUAUUUUAGUCAUAAAGUAGGAUUAGUCUUUUUUUUACUAAUAAUAGAUGUUAUUCCCUUUUUGGAUAUAAACUAUUUGUAAUAUUUUUAUUUGAUCGAUUUGUUUUUUAUUUUAUUUUCUUUAAGUCAAGAACAUGUUCUUUAUUGAGAGGGCUGUACGUGUAUAUGGUCUAGUCUCUCAAAUAUUACUUUCUGAACUCCCCACACGAGUAUUCGAUUUAACUUUCAAUAAUUAAUUACGCGUCCUAUAUUUCAUUAUUUAUAAAUUGAAAAGUUCCACAAUACCAUAAGUAACACCAUCAAACUCCAAAUCCACCACAACACCAAAAAAGAAAAAACAAUCCCACAACAUAAUAAAACUCCAAACCCACCACUUCUACAAUCAAAGAAAGGAAACACAUAGAAACAUUCCUCUCUGAAGCCGUAUCUAAAAGAGUUCUCAUUUCUGAUUCUUGAUUGGUCUAAACCUUAAUCAAGAAGAUAUGGUAUGUUUCUGUUUCUUGGUGGAUCAGAAGAGGAAAGUGAAGCGGAGUAAACCGGCGGCAGGAACUUGCUCACGGUGCGGCCAUGGUGCGAGCAUCGCUGACAUGAAGACGUCGACGAGAUUUUGUUUCGUUCCAAUUUACUGGAAAUCUUGGAGAGCCGUCGUUUGCAGUUUUUGUGGGUCUGUUCUUAAGUCCUACCGUUGAAAGAUUUUCUAGAUUUUCAUUAUAAUGUUUAACAUAAUUAUAAAGUAACAUAUAAAUAUAUAUAUAUAUCUAUGUGUGUGGGUAUAGAGAUCAUAGGUUUUCCUUUGAAUAAAAUUCUACGAGUCUACAUGCAAGAGGGGUUUUGACCUGUUAAAACCUCUUGUAAUUAUUAAACGGAACAAUAUGGGUAGGGUUAUCGUAUACAUAUCAUUAGUAAGGGUUAAAGUGAUUAGUGUGCUGAAUAUGAUUUUAAUAGUAUAGGAUGUUAUCUAAUUUUGUAUAAUUAUUUUCUUGAUUAUUAUAACAAAGAGCCUUUUUGUUGUUAGUUGUUAGUAGCUUAAGUUAUUUCUAUCCAUAUAUGGAAGUUUGAAUAUUUAGUUACGAAGUUUCAAUGAAAUGAGAAUAUUCGCUUUUGACUAA